CUCCUACACAAUACACCACACACCUCACUUCACCACACGUCACCUCAAACCCUCCUCAAAACCCACACACGAACAGCCCACAAUCCAGGGCCACCCCAACGCGCGCGCAAAAAUGACAACUCCAAUCCCCAUCCGCCCCGCCACCCCAACCCGCACCAGCACGCUCCUCGCCAACCUCGCGCACGUCUCCUCGCGCGUCGCCGCCGCCGCCGCCGCUUCCUCAACUACCUCCACCACCACCACCUCGUCAGCCCCACGUUUAAUAGCCGUCUCGAAACUCAAACCCGCCUCAGACAUCCUCACCCUCCACCAGGCCCCCGCCAGCCACACGCACUUCGGCGAAAACUACCUGCAAGAACUCAUCGAGAAAGCGCGGUUGUUGCCGCCCACGAUCAAAUGGCACUUCAUCGGGGGCUUGCAAUCGAAUAAAUGCGCGACGCUGGCGCGGGAGGUGCGGGGUCUGUGGGCGGUGGAGAGCGUGGACAGCGCGAAGAAGGCCUCGCUGCUGGACAAAGGGUGGGGGGAGCGGGAUGCAAGCCUCAAGGACACGGAUCAUGAGGAGAGGCUGCGGGUGUUCGUGCAGGUGAAUACCUCGGGGGAGGCGGAGAAGAGCGGGGUGGAGCCCGGGGAGGAGGCGGUGCAGCUGUGUCGGUUUAUCCGGGAGAGGUGUCCGCGGUUGCGGUUGCAAGGGGUGAUGACGAUUGGGGCGAUCGCGAGGAGUCGCGCGGUGAAGGAAGGGGAGGAAAAUGCGGAUUUUGUGACGCUGAGGAAAGUGAGGGAUGAGCGUUGUAGCUCGGUGUGCUUGGCUGUGGAUUGUAUAGUUUGGUGCUGUUGAGCUGGACCACCAGUAACCAACCAGAUGGUUGUCUAUCGGGUAUUAUGCUAGCUAAUCUACCAUAAGAUCGACUCCCACUCCCCGCAAUGCGUCUACCACCCACUGAGGGUAGUUGGUCUUUUCACCAUACAGGUUGG